GAAUGUUUGUAUCAUAAUAAUAAUCUUGGGUAGCAAACCUCGGACCGCUUCACAGCAAACUCCUGGGUAGUCUGCUUGUGAACGUGUUCAUCUCUCUCCUGUUGGCAACACAUUGUAGUGAAACAUCUGAGCGUUUGUCAAGCGCUUGCAAACGCAAGUCAGUUAGCACUCCAGCUCUUGGCCAUUGCACUUAGUUGGUGGAGGAUGGGCUCCAAAUGGAAGAGCGCUAUUCUGCUCCGCCAGUUCGUGUGGAUUUUCCUCGUGAUGGCAUUCAUUGGACUGUCAAGUACAACGGCAGCAGCCCAGAGGACGAAUGGACAACAGUCCGGCCAGGACUCGGACACCUCGAGCAAGGUGGGCGACUGGUCACCGAGUAAAGUGCACUUCGUGUCGUCCUGUCACCUGGACGUCGGGUUCGCUAACACCGCUACUGCGAUCGUCAACUUAUAUUUCAGCAAGUACUUCCCGUCGGCCAUCAAGACGGCUGAGGAGCUCCGACAGGCUGGUGGUGAGGAGAGACUUGUGUUCCUGACUCACACCUAUCUAGUGUCUCUCUACCUGGACUGCCCACCAAAUAUGGGCUUGUCGUGUCCCAGCGAUGCUGCAAAACAAGAGUUCACAGAGGCCGUAAUGCGCGGUGACAUUGUAUGGCACGCCAUGCCGUUCAACUCCGAGCUGGCCGUCCUGGACCCAUCCAUGGUGGACUUCAGCAUACAGCUCACGCACGACCUGGACGCCAAGAUGAAACGCAAUUCGACCAUCACGAUGAGCCAGAGAGACGUACCGGGCACGACCAGGUCCAUCAUACCUAUCCUGAAGAAGAGAGGGGUACAGGCCAUCACGGUCGGUGUUAACGGGGCGUCCAUGCCACCGGCCGUGCCCAGUGUCUUCCGCUGGCGUGACGCUGUCAGUAACGAGGAAGUGCUGGCAAUGUGGCAUCCGGGCGGUUAUGGUGGACAGAGCUGCUGCAGCGCUUCCGAUGCGGUGGUCAUCGAUGGAGUGGAGGAUGCGCUCGUCUUUGGGGUGCGCGGUGACAACUCGGGACCUCCGUCUGCCGACGAAUUGAAGAGAGACUGGGCCAAGAUCAAGGCAAUGUUCCCGAAUGCAACGGUGGUGGCUUCCGACUACGACAGCUUCGUCCGCGCCGUCUUGCCGCAAAUCGACAAACUGCCAGUGUACGAUCAAGAGAUCGGAGACACUUGGAUCUAUGGAGUUCCGUCGGAUCCAUGGAAAACUGCUGCAUCGCGAGCAAUAAUGGCAGCAAGGUCGGCGUGCCUGGAGCAGAAGAAGUGCUCCUUUGACGAUAGCGAGUUCUACAACUUCUCACGUCUGCUGGUCAAGGCCGGUGAGCACACGUGGGGACUGGACGUCAAGAGCCAUCUAAAUGACUAUACACACUGGAGCAAUGAGCAGUUCCACAGUGUCCAAGGCUCGGCGAAAUACCUGGGCAUGGUCAAUGGCUGGCAGGAGCAGCGCGACUGGGCCAUCAACUAUGCAGUGGACGCAAUGCACGAGCAGCAUCCUCUCCGAGUCGACAUUGAAGCUGCGCUCGACCGCAUCCAGGCUGACAUGCCCAGUCUGACUGGAUAUACCCAGGUCACAGAUGUAUCACAGGUGUUCAAAGUCGGGACAGUUGAGAUAGGCUUCUCCAAGCAACCGGCCGGUAUAAACCAUCUCAUGACGGGCGGUGUACAGCUGGCAUCCGAUAGCAACAUCCUGUCAGCCUUCCUCUACCAGUCCUUCGACGAACAAGAUUAUCAGGUGUUUAUGGAGGAGUAUCUGCGUAUAUACAAGAAGGGUGGUUGGAUGGACCUGGACUUUGGCAAGCCAGGCCUGGAUAAUGUCACUGGAGGCAGCUCACAUCAGGAAGUCUACGCUAGCAUGCAGUCGUUGUGGAUGAAAGACUCUAGCUUUGUUGUGGAGGUCAGCUUCCCGGCCAUGUUGGUCAGUAACUAUGGAGCACCUGAACGUGCCUAUCUCAACAUCACUAUUAGCCCAGGUACUGGCGUUGAUAUUCGCAUGACGUUUGUGAACAAGACCGCCACUCGCAUACCAGAGUCCAUGUCUCUGCAAUUCAACCCGGUGGUGACAAACUCUUCAACAAUGAUGAUGGAGAAAGUGGGCCAGCAGAUAUCUGUGCUGGAUAUAAUGAACAAUGGCAGCAAGCAUCUGCACGCCGUGGGGACUGGCGGCAUGAGCUACACCUCUAACCCGGGCUUCACCGUCAGCUCGGCACACGUGGCUGUCGUAUGUGUCGGUAAGCCGACACCAUUUCCUGUUCCCAUGGAAACACCCAGUGCGGCCGACGGAUUCGCUUUCAAUAUCGUGAACAACAUCUGGGGCACAAAUUACAUUAUGUGGUACCCAUAUAAGGAUGAGGACAAGUCGUUCAACUUUGACUUCCACAUCAACCUUCCGCAUGCCUAGCUAGCUCUGCGGACUCUGAAGCAUAUACUGUACCCACUGAAUCAACGAAGGCCAUGGACUAGCGUGUUCAUUGACGAAAAGCUGAUCAUGGAGACCACGUUAUAGGACACACCAGCAGGACAAGGACAAGCAAUACACACAAUAGCAGAAGUUGGACUUGAUGCAGAAUCCUGCUCUCUCCCCCACCCCUCUCUCUCUCUCUCUCUCUCUCUCUCUCUCUCUCUCUCUCUCUCUCUCUUUCUCUCUCUCUCUCUUCCUUUGCCGAUGGAUUGUGAAAACUCAGUCUAUACCUUAUCAAUACUCUAGCUCAGCCGGCAUGUUCAUUCAUCCUACUCUCCGGCUUUCACUAUGAUGUAGAUAAUUAUAGAUGUGAAGACAGGGUUGAUUUGAAAAUAUUGUAUUCCACGAAUCAUGACUGGCUUUUCACUCCUUCUAUUACUUUCAAAUAUGGAUACAUGUAAUACAUUCAAAUAACGGAUAUGCCUUCAGUGUGUGUUGUUACUGGUUAACCACAACACACACUGAAAGGUUUAAACAAAUUCGAAAUGCAAAUUGUAGCUUUCACCUCA